AUACACAGUUAAUUUACCAGAGAACAGUGCACCUGGAAAAUCCUUGAUUCAACUAUCUUGUGUUGAUAAAGACGAAGGAAUGAAUGGGCAGUUUGUUUUCAAGAUUAAGAGUGGAAUCAACAAGGUUAAUCCAGAGUUUCACAUUGACAACAGGACCGGUCUGAUAACAAAUCUAGUUGAACUGGAUUAUGAUCGUAGCGUUCAUGAAUAUCAUUUGAUUAUCGAAGCUGCUGAUAAAGGUCAUCCCCAGUUGAUUGGCUCAACCAAAGUCAUUAUCCAAGUUGAAAAUAUUAACGACAACUGGCCAAAGUUUGCGCAAGAUAGUUAUUCUUUCUCUAUUAAAGAGGGCUCCUACACUGGGUUGCAUCAGUCUGUUGGCAUAGUAACGGCAAAUGACGUUGACAGUGACGGAGAAAGUCCGUAUGGAAAAGUGCACUAUAGCUUUGAGAAUGAAACGAGUGAAUUUUCUAUCAACAAUAUGACUGGAGAGAUUACAACAAACGUCAUCUUAGAUCGUGAGACGAGGUCUCACUUCAUCCUGAAAGUCAUUGCGAAAGAUGGAGAUCUUGUCGAUCCUAAAUCAAACAGUACACUCGUACAUAUCAAUAUCACUGAUGUCAAUGAUAAUUCUCCCAAGUUUACAAAAAGCCGUGUAACUAUUUCUGUCAAAGAAGACGUUCCUCUUGGAUACAGUGUUGCCAAUAUCACAGCCGUUGAUCCUGAUGAAGGACUCAAUGGUGAAGUUUACUACUCCAUCCCAGAUGGAAACACCGACGCCUACUUUGUUUUCAACAAUUUGACAGGAGAACUCAAAACAAACAAAUUACUGGACCGUGAAAAUACUGAUCGUUAUUUAUUAGUGAUUCAAGCCUAUGACAGGGGCUCCCCAUCGUCAAGUUCGUUGGCAUUCGUUACUAUUUUGGUCGAUGACAUAAAUGACAAUGCUCCAGUUAUAACGACGACCAGUUACACCUCGACUGUCAUGGAAAAUUCACCAGCUGGUCAACUUGUGUGCAAGGUGUCAGCCACAGACCGUGAUAUUGGCGCGAACCAGUUGGUCAGCUACUCCCUGAAUUACGCGGAGUUUGCUGUCAACUCGUCCGGCUUUGUGUACACGACCAGGAGUCUGGAUCGGGAAAACGUUGCUGAGUAUGAUAUCAAGAUUGUCGCUACGGAUCAGGGGACACCCUCCAAGUCAUCUUCAGUGACUGUGAAACUAAAAGUCGGAGACAGCAAUGAUAACUAUCCAGUGUUUGACGAAUCUCUUUACGCAGUUUUGAUAUCAGAAAACAUGACAGUUGGUUCGGAAGUGAUUCGAGUCACGGCGACUGAUUUGGAUGCAGGAGUAAAUAGUGAACUGACGUACGCUCUCACCGGGGGACAGGGAUAUUUUACAAUUAACCGCACGACCGGACUGAUAACUAUGGUUACGCCUGUCGAUCACGAAUCAAACCCAGGGGGGUUCGUUGUGCACGUGACAGCUUCAGAUCGAGGUAUCCCUGAUGAAAAAUCAACAAAAGUUCAAGUGAAUAUUGGAAUAUCGAACGUCAAUGACAAUAUCCCAGUCUUCGAGCAGUAUGGAUACUUUGUCUCCUUGAAUGAAAGUACUGCGUCUGGGACGUUGGUUGUACGCGUGUUGGCCACAGAUCGAGACGAGGGACUUCUGGGCGAAGUAACCUACAGUAUCAUAGAUGGUAACUUUGGUGACGCAUUUUCAAUGAAUAAUUCUGGAUUUCUUGUGGUUUCCAAUAAUCUGGAUCGCGAAACAAAAGAAUUUUAUGAACUGACUGUAAAAGCUACUGAUAAAGCAGGCAUCCCAAAGUCUGCUGUGACAAGCGUGAACAUCCAUGUCCUGGAUAUCAAUGAUAAUCCUCCGAUGAUCGUGAAUGCCCCUGUGGAGCUAGAAGUGAACGAGUCGACUCCUGUCGACACAGUUUUAUUUACACUCGUCGCCACAGAUCCUGACCUCGGAGAAACCAACCAGAAAGUCACUUUUGAAAGCGUUUUGAGCGACGGGUUUUUAAAAGUCGAUUCCGACACUGGUGCUGUCACACUGAGUCAAAAAUUGGUUCAUGCAUCUCAACAGAGACAUGUUCUUCGUGUCCUCCCUGCUGACCAUGGUCGACCUGCAUUACGAGGAUCUGCAGUCAAUGUCAGUGUUAUUGUUAUUCCUAAAGACAGUAACGAUCCUGUGUUUGAACAUCCGGCUUAUGCCUUCAAUAUCUCAGAAACUACUCGUAUUGACACAUUAAUUGGCACUGUCCAGGCCUUUCAAAGAAACAAGACUUCUGGCUCCUCUAUUGUGUACGAAAUUACUUCGGGAAACUCAGAGAAAACAUUUCAUAUUAAUAAAUCCUUGGGUACGUUAACUCUGCUGAAAACGCUGAACCGUGAUAAUCAAUUCUACUACACGCUUGUCGUAACAGCCACAAACAACCAAAACUUAGAUCAAGUUGGUCGCACUGUGGUAACAAUUUUGAUCACCGACGCAAAUAAUAGCCCUCCACUAUUUCAGUUCAAAAACUAUCGCGCGGAAGUUAAGGAAGACGCUUCUGUAUUGACAAGUGUCAUUGUGCUUGAAGCUUUUGAUCCUGAUGAGAAAAUUAUCACAAAGCUCCAGUACAAGAUCGUGGAUGGAAAUGAAGAUGGAAAGUUUGAAAUCGCUACAAAAGAUGUGGACGGCAUCAACGUUGCUGAAAUAUCAGUUUCAGGGGGUCUUGACAGAGAGCUGACCGAAUAUUAUACAUUGACGAUCUCAGUUAGCGAUGGAGAACUGGAGAGCAACUGCACAUUACAAAUCAGAGUUGAGGAUGUUAACGACAAUGAUCCAAUAUUUAAUCCCACGAGUUAUGCCGCUAGUGUUCCUGAGAACUCAGUGGCAGGAUCUCCAAUUCUUAAAGUCACAGCCUCUGACGAAGAUCUUGAUGAAAAUGCAGAUAUAACGUUCGCUAUAACAAGUACGCAAGUUUAUUUUACGAUCGAUCCAAAAUCUGGUGAAAUUACAACGACAGCUGAGAAACUGGACAGGGAAACCAAAUCCUCGUAUGGUUUCCAAGUUAGUGCUACGGACAUCGAUGGACGAAAGAGUGAAGCAAACGUUCUUAUCACAGUCUCCGACGAGAACGACAAUACGCCAAUCUUCAAUCCGCUCUCGUAUGAAACGACCAUCACAGAAGGACCUGAUAGUCGCGGGAAAUCAGUAGUGACCGUUGCUGCCACGGACAAAGACGAGGGUGUCAAUAAGGAGAUAGUGUAUUCAAUAACACGUGGGAACAUUGGAGAUACAUUCACGAUUAAUAACAAAACGGGCGAAAUCACUGUGGCAAAUGAGGUUGACCGAGAAAUACAAGGGUUGGGAACAAAUACUCGUGGACACAAAGCUUUCAGUCUUACAGUAAUGGCAUCUGAUCUAGGGAAUAAACCGCUGGCUUCCACAACCGAGGUCGCAAUACAAGUGAAUGACAUUAAUGAUAACCUGCCGAUAUUUCCGGACAGCGGUUAUUCCUUUAUGAUAUCCCAUGAUGCUGAGAAGGACAUGGUCGUCAUUGUUGUCACGGCAACUGACGAAGAUAGCGGCGAGAAUGGCCGAGUGAAGUACGAAAUACUGGAAGGAAACUCUGGAUGGGCAGGUGACUUUACGAUCAGUGGUAGUGAUGGUGUGAUUAAAACAGCCAAUAAACUUAAUCGCAAUUUAGGAUACGAGUAUAACCUCACCAUUAAAGCCUCAGAUCACGGCACACCAUCGUUAUCAGCGACGACAAAUGUGGUAUUGACGGUCGGUCCUAUUAACCAACAUACUCCAGUAUUAAAUCCUGUGAAUUACACAGCCAACGUCUACGAGAAUAAUUUGCCCAAGACGCCUUUACUAAAUAUCACCGCAACUGACGCAGAUGAAGGACAGAAUGGCCAGCUUUCUUACAGCAUUGUGGAUGGAAAUAAUCAAUCCAUGUUUGAUUUGAAAUCUCAGUCAUCAUAUGGCACCUUGAUUCUCGCGGGUCGCUUGGACCGCGAACAUCAAGAUCAGUUUGUGUUGGAAAUUAUGGUUAAAGAUGGCGGAAUACCGUUGUCAAGAAUGGCAACAGGUUUUGUCGUUGUCAACGUGCUUGAUCUCAAUGACAUCGCUCCACAAUUCAGGGAGAAGAACUACACUGGAUGGUUAAUGGAAAACAGCGGUUCGGAUGUCUCCGUACAAAUGGAUCAAACAAUAUCCGCGACGGAUAGUGACCUUGGUAUUAACGCCGAAAUUAUCUACAGUAUAUCUGGCCCUGGAAGUGAACAAUUCGUCAUCGAUAGAGCAACCGCUGUACUGAAGACCCGUGUCUCCCCCUCGCCGAAUUUAGACUACGAAGCUACACCCUCCCUAACGUUCAAUGUAAUAGCCACUGACCAGGCUGGCAAUGGACUGCAAUCAAUGGUUCCUAUAACAAUUCAUCUUAUAGAUGAAAACGACAACUCGCCAGAAUUUUCACCCGUGAUCACCCACGUGGAUAUCCCAGAAUCCACCGCACCGGAUGAAGUCAUCGCCACACUUCAUGCUACAGACCCAGACCCAGGAAUCAAUGGUCGCGUGAGGUACUCUAUCAUAUCUGGAGCUGAAGGAAUGUUUGAAAUCGAUAAAGAAAACGGUACCCUACGAGUGCUUCACGGGCUCGACCGAGAACGACGCGAUCGAUACCAAAUUAAUGUUUCGGCACUUGACGGAAAUCUCAAUCCCAGACAAGGUUUCGGACAGGUAGUUUUGACAUUACUCGACACAAACGAUAAUCGGCCAAUGUUCGAUGAACUCGCGUACACUACGAGUGUCUCCGAAAGUAUUCCGAUAGGUUACGACGUUAUUACAGUUCACGCAAAUGACGUUGAUUUAGGAUCGAACUCAAAUGUCUCAUAUUACUUGGAACAUAAAGUAUUCAAUGUUCACAAUACUACGGGGGUGCUGCGAACAAUAUCCAAGCUGGAUAGAGAGACUGUAGGCUCUUAUUCUUUUAAAGUAUACGCUCGCGAUACCUGGGGACUGGAAUCUAAUGUAACGGUUAACAUCUUAGUUGAUGACGUCAACGAUAACGCGCCAUAUUUUCCUAAGAGUGAUGUUUAUAGAAGUGACGUCAGCGAGGAAACACCCGUGGGGACUGAGGUUCUUAAAAUAGUGGCUAAAGAUGAAGAUUGGGGAAAGAACGCUGAAAUACAUUAUUCGCUGGCUCGUAACAUUAGAGAUCGUUUUAUAAUUGAUCCUGACACGGGAAUAUUGAGACUCCAAAACAGCGUAAAUAAAACAUUGUUGGUAAAUCAAGGCACUAUAAACUCUACGGGUUUAAUGGAGUUAGUUGUACGCGCGCAAGAUGGUGGCAAUCCUUCCUUAUCAUCCGAACAAAAGAUUGUCUUACGUGUGACAGACUCGUCAGAUGGUACUCCAAUGUUUGGGAGGUCUGUGUAUCUCUUCAACGUCAGUCAAACAGCGGCGAUUGGAGACAAAGUUGGAGAUGUCUUGGCUGUGUCGAAAUCUGGGUCGGAUAGCCUGACGUACAGCUUCAAGUCCACCCAGACCUAUUUUGCUAUAGAUGGAAACAGCGGAAAAAUAUCAAUUGCUAAGAGUUUGAAUGAUGUUGAUGAGGAAUAUCAUAUCUUCACAGUUCGUGCUGUUGAUUCACGUUCUAAGACAGGUUUCACUUCGGUUGUUGUAAAAUUUCUGGGAACGAACAAACAUUCGCCAGAGUUCCAGUUCACGUCGCCGUAUAAGAUGAGCGUCUCAGAGGGCGUGAGUCCUGGGGCUGGAGUUGGGAAAAUGGAAGCCAGAGAUAAAGACUGGGGAGAGAAUGGCGUCGUCACUUAUCGAUUUCUUGAGGCUAAUGUCGGUGAAAAUGGUGAAAUGGUCGCUGUAAAUAACUCGUGCUUUUUGCCUCUCGGUUUGGAGUCACUUGCAGUCACCGCAAGCAAUAUGACAGCAAAUUCAACCUUCUCAAAAUCUAAUGAAAAUUACAACCCAACACAAGGACGAUUAAAUAACCAACCAUCUACACAUGCUGCCGUGUCUUAUCAAGGAGCGUGGUGCGCAAAAACCACAGAUUUCAGACCAUUUCUACAAGUGGAUUUUGUUGGUUUGAAAAAAAUUACGAGAGUAGCAACACAGGGCAGACCUCGAGGAACAUCUUAUGUCACAAAAUACACCCUAAGUUAUAGUUUGAACGGAGACACGUGGACAUCGCAUGACCAGAUAUUUGCUGGAAAUACCGACUCCGAGAGCGUGGUUGUUCAGAGAAUUUUACCAUCCUUUCAAGCAAGAUAUGUUCGUCUUCUUGUCCUGGAUUCGAAUGAACAGGCCUGUCUCAGAUUAGAAUAUUAUGGCUGUAAUUCUGAUGGUGGCGAUGAAGUGAGUAUACCUUUCUUCAUCGAUGAAAAUACUGGAGAAGUUAAUGUAUCAAAUAAACUUGAUCGUGAAACACAGGAGAAAUACGUCAUCAAAGUUGAGGCAUCAGAUAAAGGUACUCCAAUCCUUGCAGAUGACACGAUCCUCGACAUUUAUGUCGUGGAUUACAAUGAUAACACGCCAUUAUUUGAGAAGCCCGCUUACCGCGUGAGCCUGUCUGAAUAUACCUUUCCUGGAGAUACAGUCAUCAGGGUUUCAGCCAAUGAUCCUGACCAAGGCUUAAAUGGAGAGUUAAAAUACAAACUGGUCGCUGGAGGUCGAGGAAAAUUUAGUAUCGAAGAAUCGACUGGUUUAAUCCAGCCGUUGUCACGCUUGGACUACGAGGAUCCCUCGGAGAGACAUUUUAUCCUUAAUAUAUCCGCCUCAGACCACGGAACACCCCCUCUAUCCUCCUAUGUCUCUGUUUAUAUCAACGUCACCGACUUCAAUGAUAAUUACCCCGAGUUCAUUGCUUCGUCAUUGACGUCAGAAGUGAAAGAAAAUCUUGAUUCGGGGACCCUAAUCACGACGGUCAAAGCAACUGACGCUGAUUCAGGAAAUAACUCUCUAAUACGCUAUGCUUUGCUGGAAAUCAGUGAUAAAUUUUCGAUUGAUUCUACCUCUGGUGAAGUCCGGACUAAACAAAGAUUGGAUCGCGAGGAGAUUGGAAACUAUGUCGUUGAUAUUCGAGCAACGGAUAUGGGAAAUUCUCAACUCUCUACUGACGGCAAGCUGUCAAUCAAAGUGCUGGACGAGAAUGAUAACAGUCCUGAAUUCACUGAAGAUAUUUACACUCGAAAAAUCCAAGAGGAUUCAGCGAUCGGUGCUAUCGUUGUUACAAUGAAAGCUGAAGACAAAGACAUCGGUUUAAACGGAAAAGUUUUUUACACCAUCACUGAAGGAAACGAGAAAGGUCUUUUCCAGCUGUCCAACACUUCAGGAAUUGUCACAGUGGCGAAAUCCUUGGACCGCGAGGUCAAUCAUACAGCGAGAUUUACCGUUAAGGCCCAAGAUCAAACUGCUCCAUUUAAUUCAGAUCAUGCUGAUGUGAUUGUUAUGGUAACGGAUGUGAAUGAUAAUGCCCCAGUGAUUGAACCAGAAAAAAUGACAGCGGUUAUCAGCGAGGAUGUAACUAUAGGAACAUUUAUCGCAGACGUCAAUGCUACGGACAGAGAUUCUUCAAGCAAUGCACAGUUGGAGUACUCCAUCGUUCACGGCUCCGAAGGACACUUCAGCAUCGACCCAGUCUCGGGUAUUGUUACGACUGCUGUGAAGUUGGAUUACGAGUCCAAACGUGACUAUAUUGUACUUGUAAUGGUUCGUGAUAAAGGUGCGAUUGGUUACUUGGAUUUUGGAUCCAUUGAGAUCACGUUGACUGAUGUAAAUGAUAAUGCCCCAGUUUUCGGUGUGCCGACUGGUCCAUUCAACAUCCUCGAGAACAAAGCAAAGGGCAGUGUUGUUGGUCAAAUUCAAGCAUCUGACGCAGACACAACCCUCAAUUCCAAAAUCAAUUUCACAAUCACCGGCGGAGACCGCAAUAGACACUUCGUCAUCGAUUCAUCAUCUGGAGUGAUAUCCACAACUGAAGUUCUGGACAGAGAAAAGACUUCAUUCUAUGAUGUCAUCGUAACCGCUAGCAACUCUCUUGCGUCACCAAUACUCUCAACUAAUGCCACCGUUCGUAUUAAUGUGGGUGAUGAGAACGACAACCCCCCCGAAUUCAACGCUAGUUCCUAUCAAGGCCAGGUGUCUGAGAACGCGACAAUUGGGACGGUUGUUGGCAGAGUUUUUGCGAAAGACACUGAUAAGGACGAUGCUGGUGUUGUUAAGUAUGUUAUUGUGAGCGGUGAAUAUUCUCGUAUAGUGGGAAUAGAUAGCCACACCGGAAUAUUGACCCUCAGCCAGUCAUUGAUUGAGAAUGAAUAUCGGAACCUGAGCCUCGUUGUGAACGCAACUGACAACGGUGAUCCACAAAUGUUCUCUACUGUCCCCGUCCUGAUUAUAGUUGAUGACGUCAACGACAAUUCGCCCAGAUUUGAUAAGCGACAGUACAGUGCAAGUGUCAGCGAAAUGGCUAAAGUUGAUGAUGCAGUUGUUCAAAUGAUUGCCACAGACAACGAUACGACGGAUAGUGGAGCCACAACUUAUGAACUUGUAUCAGGAAAUGAAUUAGAUCAUUUCAAUAUUUCAUCCCAAACUGGAUGGAUCUAUGUUUCCAAGCCACUCGACCGAGAGACUAUGGCCGAAUAUCGUCUGGGUGUCCGUGCUUCAAAUUUGGUUCAGCAAAAGCGACGAAAACGACGUCGACGUCGCGAGGCAAUAUUCUCCGAUACUGUUGAACUGGUUGUGAGCAUUGACGAUGUUAACGACAACAUUCCAGUGUUCUCUCCACUGACCUAUGUUGCAGGAGUUAUGCCUGGCGCUAAAGACGGUACUUUGAUUGUUAGCGUAAUGGCGACAGACGCAGACAGUGGUAUGAACAGCAAACUUCUUUAUAAUAUCACGGCCGGCGAUGAGAAACAUCGGUUCUACGUGAAUGAUAUGGGAAAGGUUCUUGCAACAAACGUGGCCGUCGGCAGUACUGGAACAGUUUACAACCUCAACAUCACCGCUACAGAUAACAACGGCCAGGGCUCGACCUCUCUCCAGCCAGCAAAUGUGAAGAUCCACGUCAUCUCACGUGAUCAACAAGCCAUGAUUACAGCCUUAGUGCCUCCAGAUAUGAUCACGAACAAUACGGACGAAUUUAUAAAUAUGCUGAACAAUAUCACGGACGGUCAAGCGUAUAUAGAUCAAAUAAAAAAGAUUAAGAAACGAAACGGCAGUGGCGUCAUCGUUGUCGGCUCCGAAGUCAUAUUUCACGUCGUGAGAAACUAUACAAUUCUAAGCAGUGAUGAGAUAAUAAGCACUGUAAAUCUUCACCGCCGCUUGCUUGAUACUCUCUACGUGAAAUGGCAUAUUCAAGACGUGAAAAAGAUCCGUGCAACGGCUGAUGACGAUGAUGAUGAGCUCGAAGGAUGGGAAAUAGCGUUGAUCGUUCUUGGCGUAUUAUUAGCGCUGCUUAUUCUUCUCUGUUGCUGUUAUUACUGCCUCAUUUGUCGAGAUAGACGUGAUUUCAAUGAGGAAGCCGUCGAAAGUCAGCGGAAAACCUUCUUCACCAACUCUCCAGUAACGCGUCAAAAGGUGGACUCGACUUCAAGUGAUUCUAUUCAAUUCUACAGUUCCUAUCCAAACGACAAAGAAGCGUUUAAGUCAUCGUUAUCGGGAACGGUAACAAACCCAGUAUACAAACCAGACUUAGAAGAUUACGAGGAGAAGGAAAUGGAGCUGUCACUUUCGGAUGAGGAAUCAGAUAACGAAACAGGAAAAAGAGUUUCUAAGAAAUCAAAAUCAUUUAAGACUAGAAACGUCCGCAAUUAACUUAAAUAUUUUUCUAAUAUAAAAGUAGGGAAGUUCCCAUUUUUUUUUGCACAUGCAAGAAUUAAACGUUUAAAACAAAUUCAGUGCUUUUGAUUAUGAAUUGAUAUACAUUUAGAUUCAAAUGCUUGUAAUAAUCAUUAAUGUAAUGUAAAGAUAGUUCAUAUAUAAAAUAUUUCGU